AUGUCUAUGCCUGAAGAGACCCCUGUCGCCACCGACAUGCAAAUCACCGAUGGUGAGAUCCAGUCGAACUGGGAUGACGUGUGCGACAACUUUGACAAUAUGAACCUCGCUCCUGAGCUUCUCCGUGGUGUGUUCGCUUAUGGUUUUGAGCGUCCUUCGGCCAUUCAAUCGCGCGCGAUUGUUCCUGUGAUCAAGGGCCAUGAUGUGAUUGCCCAGGCUCAGUCGGGUACUGGUAAGACGGCUACUUUCUCAAUCGCUAUCUUGCAGCGUAUCGACCCAAACCUUAAGGCUGUUCAGGCUCUUGUACUGGCCCCCACUCGUGAACUGGCUCAACAGAUCCAGAAUGUCGUGGUGGCUCUCGGUGACUACAUGAACAUCCAGUGCCACGCCUGCAUUGGUGGCACUAACGUGCGUGAGGACAUGGCUCGCCUCGGUGACGGUGCCCAGGUGGUUGUCGGUACGCCUGGUCGUGUGUACGAUAUGAUUAAUCGUGGCGCUUUCCGUACGGACAAGCUCAAGAUGUUCUGUCUUGAUGAAGCCGACGAAAUGCUCUCUCGUGGUUUCAAGGACCAGAUGUACGAGGUGUUCCAGCUGUUGCCUCAGGACACUCAGGUCGUUCUGCUUUCUGCCACAAUGCCAGAGGACGUGCUGGCUGUGACGAAGAAGUUCAUGCGUGAUCCCGUUCGCAUCCUUGUCAAGCGUGAUGAGCUUACGCUGGAAGGUAUCAAGCAGUUCUACAUCGGUGUUGAAAAGGAAGAAUGGAAGUUUGAAACGCUGACCGACCUCUAUGAGACUGUUACGAUCACGCAGGCUGUGAUCUUCUGCAACACUCGCCGUAAGGUCGACUGGCUGACAGAGCAGCUCCACUCGCAGGAGUUUACGGUGUCAGCCAUGCACGGUGAUAUGGACCAACAACAACGUGAAGUGAUUAUGCGCGAGUUCCGUUCGGGCUCGUCGCGUGUGCUCAUCACGACCGAUCUUUUGGCGCGUGGUAUUGAUGUUCAGCAAGUCUCGCUUGUUAUCAACUAUGAUAUGCCUGCUAACCGCGAGAACUACAUUCAUCGUAUUGGUCGUGGCGGUCGUUUCGGCCGUAAGGGUGUCGCUAUCAACUUUGUCACGGAGGAUGAUGUCCGUAUGUUGCGCGACAUCGAGCAGUUCUACAACACCCAUAUCGAGGAAAUGCCCAUGAACGUGGCUGACCUCAUCUGA